UUCGCCUUCCAUGCGGCUGGAUUUUGCUCUCAGAAGGCUUUGGGGUUCGGCGGAAGAAGAUGCCUGUCACUGAUGGGGAUCUCCUGGCGGGUGGCGAGAGCCUGGUGCCGGCUCGGUUUCUUUUAAAGAGUGGGAGAAAUCGGGAGGAGAGGAGGAGGAGGAGAGGCAGACAAGAGGGGAAAAGAGGCCACGGAGUCAUUUCGCCCUUCUGCCCUCGGCUGCCGAGUUCACGGCAAUGAUCCUCCAAGUGCCGGCGUCCGGAUCUCUCUUGGUGCCAGCCGGGCUCCUCUCUCGCCUCCUCGUCCUCUGGGGCCUCUGGUCUCCUCGAUGGAAGGAGGGUUCGGGAGCGCCAAUGCCACCCGCUCGGCCGGGGAGCGGCCCGGGUGGCUUCACGGCAGCCCUUGGACGGCCACCUUCCUCUGCUUCAUCAUCCUCUUGACCAUGGUGGGGAACUUCUCCCUCAUCCUCUUGAUCUUCACCCAGCGGUCCUUGCGCAACACCUCCAACUACUUCCUGGUCUCCCUCUUCAUGUCUGACCUGAUGGUGGGCUCAGUGGUGAUGCCCCCGGCCAUGCUGAACCAGCUCUGCGGCCGCUGGGUCCUGGAUCCGGCCUUCUGCUCCAUCUGGUUCUCCUUCGACGUCAUGUGCACCAGCGCCUCCAUCCUGAACUUGUGCGUCAUCAGCUUGGACCGCUACCUCCUCAUCAUCUCACCCCUCAAGUACAAGCUGAGGAUGACUUCCGGCCGGGCGGUCCUUCUCAUCCUGGCCACCUGGACUUUGGCGGCCCUGGUCUCCUUCUGGCCCAUCAAGAUGGGCUGGCACCGGGUGGAGUUCGACCUCCGGCCCCUCAACGCCACCCUGCGGCCGGACAAGGAGGAGGAGGAGGAGGAGUGCCGGCUCUUGGUCAGCCUGCCGUAUGCCCUCAUUGCCUCCGGGCUGACCUUCUUCCUUCCUGCUGUGGCCAUCUUGUUCACCUAUUGCCGCAUCCUGCUGGCCGCCCGGAAGCAAGCGGUCCAGGUGGCCUCCCUCACCAACAACGUGAUGGCGGCGGCCGACGAAUCCAUGCAACAGGUCCCCAGGGCCCAGAGCAGGCCGACGGCCACCAGCGACAACCACCGGAAAUUAAGCAACAAGAACAGCAAACGAGCCUUGAAGGCCAGCCUGACCUUGGGAGUUCUUCUGGGCAUGUUUUUUGUCGCCUGGUUGCCGUUCUUUGUGUGCAACAUGGCACAGGCUGUGUGCAACUGCAUCUCGGCGGACUUUUUCGACAUCCUGACCUGGCUGGGCUACUGCAACAGCACCAUGAACCCCAUCAUUUAUCCUCUCUUCAUGCGGGACUUCAAGCGGGCCAUGGCGAAGUACCUGCCCUGCUGCCGACGGACCUGGGAGCGACGGCCCAGCCCCAUCUCCCUCUCCGUGAGGAACUCCAACAGCGGCCCACGGCCGGAGGCGUCCCUGAAAAACGUCCUGACUUUGCAGGGGGACACCGACUCGGCCGAUUCCAUCAUUCAAAUCAAUGAGCAGAGCAGCCAGCACUUGGGUUCCCUUCCGGCAAUGGGGGCGGACUCUGUAACCCUCUUUGACCCAGAGCAUAUGGACCCAGAACUGCGCAUCAAUCAGUUGAACACUCCCAUGGAGGAAUAAAAACCAACAUUCAGGGAAAUGCGCCUUUCCUAACCUUACAUUUUGCCUCGUGUGAUGCAAUCUCUCUCUCUCUCUUUAAUGUGUGACUCUACCAUCAGACCUGCAAAGGAAGCUGGUGUUUACAUUCCAGUUCACAUUCACGCUUCUGCUUUUAACAUGCUUUGACAACCAGACUCUUUUCACCCCUUGAGGGAGCACUGCUUCUAGAUACGGGAUUGCUCUUUUCUCAUUUUGCCCUAAGACAGCCUGUUCGGAGCUGACCAUACAGUGCUCCACCGGCCCUUUCAUGCCCAAAGCUCUUUCACUCUCAGAAAGAGAGAUUCCCGCAGGUAGCCACACAGUUCUGCCUAUUAGCAAUGAUGGACUUUGUAGGGGGUCUUUUCAUCUUGUCUCUUGCAUCCAUGUUUCGCACGCUAAUUCCCACAGUCACGCGUAAUUGUGCCUAUACAUUUUAAAUGAGCACCAGCCCCCCCCCUCAAAGGAGCUCCCUUUUCGGACUACAACUUCCAGAAUCCCCCAUGCUCCCUGGGUCUCUUCUGGAAGCUGUGAGGCAAAGAAACAACCCUAGCAAGUUAACUAGGAGUUCUAAAAAAUCCUGAUAAGAAACAUACCACCAUUAACUUCUGCACAUGGUCCUCCUAGUUAACAUCCUUCCUCUUGUUGAUUCCUUUGGUCCUACUUGUCUUCUAGCAUUUUAUGGAGAAUACCUGAAAUACAGCCUCUCCCCCCUCCUCCCGGCCAUCUCCACACAUCUGUAGGCUAGCUUUUCCCACCACUGUUUUCUCUCCUAAACAAAGACACAUAAAAGCUAAAGAACGCAGCUAUCUUCCCUUCUGUUCUUCAGAGCAUGACAUUCAAACAUUAAAUCAAGGCACACACCUGCAGCCUUCAUUAGAAGAGGAAAUUCCUGAACGGCUGAAAGCAUCUGAAUACACAGCCAGAUUGUUUCCUCAUUAUUCCUGCAUUAUUCCACACCUGUGCUUGCUUUGUUGCAGGGGGGGGCGUCUUCAGAACUUCAGCAUGGACUCCCUCAGGUUUUAUCUGUCAGACACAAAAGCCUGCCUGAAUCACGUCUCUCCAACAAGAAUGCGUUUUCAGUUCUAUUCAUGAGCUAGCUAAAACUCCCCUUUCUGCCUUCGCUCUUUGGUUUAGCCAGUCAUGAGCCUCUUUCUAUAAACACAUCAAUACGCCCCUCCCACAAGCCCCCCUCCCUCUUUAUCUCCCACUCACCGAUGUCUAGUGUUUUCCCCUCCCAUCAACCCCAACACACCUGCAAGGUCCCCCUUUUUCUCUAAAAUGACCUGCUUUUUCCAACGAGGACACUCGCACUCCAGAGGUCUCCAUGAGCCCUGGGAACAGCCGGCCACAGGCUUCCCCCCUGCAAUUCAGUCCAAGAAACACCGCUGGCGUUUUCCCACACCGCCUGCUCCUUCAGAAAAUCAAAUAUCCCCUUUUCUUUUCUUUAGCACAGAGGAAAACCUCAGGUUCAGCACAGAAGCGAUUCGGGAAGAGAUUGAUUCUGUCCAUACAUGGGAAGCCCUGUCUGUCUUUCUCCUUUCCCAGC